AAUAGGAACUUCUAUUUUCACUUAAUUUAACUAGAAAUGCUACGUUAAAGUGCAUUAUAAAAUAACUUGUGGUUUAGACAAUAAUCAAGUCGAACAAUGGCUCUUCGCCUGCUUCUAAAUUGUCGGGAAAUUCCUGCCCUAGUGAGCUCUGCACCAGUUAGCUUCUGUCAGCGGCAGUUGCUGAGCUCGGCCCGCUUAACCCACCGCACCAAUAUCCUCCGGUACAGUCGACAGACGCGAAACGCUCGUGGAGAAUCGUUUGCCCCCAAGCAGACCAUUGUUCCAACGGAAAUCCAAGGCAUUGCGAUCGAUUCUGGAUACAUUGAUCCGUCGAAGCUGUGGAAGUCGUUUGUAUUCACGGUGGCCUUCAGUGCCGGAAGUUUCAUCGGUGUAACAAUAUGGGAGUACGAAACGGUCCGAUCCCGUGCGAUGGAUGCGCUGCGGGCGAAGCUAAACUUGAAUUGGUUUCGGGACCGGAUGAAAAAUAACCGCCGGGAGGUGGAACAGUGGCGAAAGGAAGUUACUGGAUGGUGGGAUCGGUUGUCCCCGGGCGAGCGGAUAUUUGCACCGAUUUGCGCUUUGAAUGUGCUUGUGUAUGGGCUGUGGAGGGUGCCCCAGUUGCAACCGCUGAUGGUGAGGUUUUUCGCGUCGAAUCCGGCUGCAAAGGCAGUCUGCUGGCCAAUGUUCCUGUCUACAUUCAGUCACUAUUCGCUGUUCCACAUUGCGGCCAAUAUGUAUGUGUUGCAUAGUUUCAGUCAUGCCGCGGUGGCCACGCUGGGAAAGGAACAGUUUCUGGGAAUGUACCUGAGCGCGGGGGUCAUUGCUUCGUUUGCCAGCCAUCUGUUCAAAACGGUGGUGCGUCAGCCGGGACUUUCGCUAGGAGCGUCCGGUGCAAUCAUGGGCGUUCUAGGGUACGUCUGCUGUCAGUAUCCGGACACCCAGCUGAGCAUCGUAUUUUUGCCGAUGUUCACCUUUUCGGCGGGAGCGGCAUUCAAAGUGAUCAUGGGAUUCGAUCUGGCAGGAGUGCUGUUGGGCUGGAGAGUUUUUGACCACGCAGCUCAUUUAGGAGGAGCACUGUUUGGGAUGUUCUGGGCGUACUAUGGUAGUCAACGCAUGUGGCCCUUGAGGGAACACUUCAUCGGCUUUUGGCACGAGUGGAGGGGGCCGCCGAAGAAAUGAUCCGAGUAUGAUUAAAAUUAUUGUUUGUUGAGCCGAGCUAGAGUUUGAUGUUAAACGA